AAAACAUUCUCUGCUUCCAAAGCCUCCAGUGUCUCUAGUAAGCAGUGCAACAGCAACAGCUCCUUGCUGCUGAACUCCAGAGACGUGGAAAAUACUGGAUCAGGAUGUCCCAGCAAAGAUGCAUUGUGAUCUUUGCACUGGUAUGCUGCUUUGCAAUUCUGGUUGCACUGAUAUUUUCGGCAGUGGAUAUUAUGGGAGAAGAUGAGGAUGGACUCUCAGAAAAGAACUGUCAAAAUAACUGUCGGGUUGCUCUCGUGGAAAAUAUUCCUGAAGGGAUCAACUAUUCAGACAGUGCACCAUCCCAUUUGUCUCUUUUCCAAGGCUGGAUGAAUUUGCUUAAUAUGGCUGAAAAGUCUGUUGACAUAGUAUCUUCCCAGUGGGACCUCAAUCACAGUCAUCCAUCAGCAUGCCAGGGUCAGCGUCUUUUUGAAAAACUGCUGGAACUGGCGUCCCGAAAUAUCGAGAUAAAGCUCGUGAGCGAUAAACUGCCCAUGGAAUCCAAGGUAUUAAACGACUUGAAAACAAAGGGUGCUGAAGUGUUGUAUAUGAACAUGUCAGCAUAUAAUGAAGGUCGGCUCCAGUCAUCGUUCUGGAUUGUCGAUAAGCAGCACGUAUACAUUGGAAGUGCCAGCCUGGACUGGCGAUCGUUGGGACAGAUGAAGGAACUUGGCGUCAUUGUAUACAACUGUAGCUGCCUGGUCCUGGAUUUACAAAGGAUAUUUGCCCUGUAUAGCUCGUUAAGGUAUAAGAACAAAGUUCCUCCGAGUUGGUCUAAGAGACUCUAUGGAGUGUACGAUACUCAAAAUAAACUGACGCUGCAGCUGAACGAGACAAAAUCGGAAGCUUUUGUGUCGAACUCACCUAAACUCUUCUGCCCCAAGGACAGAGUCCUGGAUAUUGAAGCUAUCUACAGUGUUAUUGAUGAUGCCAAGCAGUUUGUGUACAUUGCUGUCAUGGACUACUUGCCAAUUGUCAUCGACACCAACGCUAAGCGGUACUGGCCGUAUUUAGAUGGGAAGAUAAGAGAAGCAUUAGUUUUACGAAGUAUUAAAGUACGACUUCUCAUAAGUUUCUCAAGAGACACAGAUCCCCUUACUUUUAACUUUGUUUCAUCUCUGAAAGCUAUUUGCACUGAAGUUCCAAGCUGUAGUUUGAAAGUUAAAUUCUUUGACCUUGAGGAAGAGAGUGCCUGCUUCCUUAAAGAACAGAAGAACACUUCCCUUCCCAAACUGAAUCGUAACAAAUACAUGGUGACUGAUGGAGCUGCGUAUAUUGGUAAUUUUGAUUGGGUAGGAAAUGCUUUUACGCAGAAUGCUGGAGCUGGCCUUGUAAUCAACCAAGCAGACGCGGGGAACAGCACAAGCAUCAUUAAGCAACUCAAAGCUGUUUUUGAAAGGGACUGGUAUUCACAUUAUGCCAAAAGUUUACAACCAACAAAAAUCCCAAACUGCUUUAACCACAAACUCAAUAAAGGAACUUCAAAUAAGACUUCAGUGAGCAAUUUGAAUUAGAAAGACUAUUUUACCAUUUAGUAUGGCAAUGAAGAAUUAUGUUGGGGUGUAGCCUUCUUUCAUAUUUACAGACAAAAGACUUAAAGAAAAAGCAAAAAAAAAAAAAAAAGAAGUUUGGUUUGGGGGGGGUGUUUUUAGGAAAAAGCACACUUAUAUUAAAUCUGUCUAACCUAUAUUCUCUAUAUGGAUUAUUUAAGACUUUCAAAUUUGUUACUUCUGACACUGAAUGUCAUUUCCGCUUCCAUGUAAAUUUUAAUGUUCCACAUUUGAAUUUAUCAGCAUGUGUCAAUGUUUCUGUUUUAGGACUUUCCCCAAUUGCCAACCUGGCUAGAGCAAACCUUGGGGCAAAAUGAAGAUUCCAGCUAUGAAAUGGCAUUCUAAGAUCAGUUAUUAUUGACAUUCAGAUAGAUGGUAGGUUUACUGUAAUAGAAAAUGUAAAGGAUUAAGCAAAGUUUCACCCAUAUUAAUAAUCCCCUUCAAAUAACUACCCUGUCAUAAAAAUACUUACUGGUUUUGAGCAUUUACUUUGAGUAUCACUAUUCCAUGUCUUCUAACUAGCCUUAAAACACAUUGGAGUUACAGGACUGGUAAUUCUUUCAUCUCCUAACAGUAUGAGAAAUUUUUAAGGGGUUGGGGUUGGUCUCAUCAAGUUUAUCAUAUUCCGUAAAGCCUCUCAGAUUUUUUAUCAAAGUACUGUGGAUUUCUUUCAACAGAAUAGUUAUUUCCAAUUACAUGUAUUUAAUCUAACAGUGAAAAUCUCUGGGUUAAUAGCUAAAACCUAGGACUGAUUUUUUUUUUUUUUUUAAUGUUUUUUGUAAUCUGAAGAAAAUUUCUUCCCCACGUUAAAUAUUUAUCAUGUGUGAGUCAGCAGAUAUGUGAUGACAAAUUAUUAAACCAAUGCACAUCUCAAAAUCAAAUACAGCUUUU